AUGUCUCGCUUGCCGCCAGCCGAAAAGCUUCCCCUCGCACUCCGGAAGAACAUCCGUGAUGAGUGGGAAAGCCAGAAAGAAGAUUUUCAAAAGGAACUCUCUGGUGCUUUAGGCGCCCAGUGGACACUCAAAGACAUCAACCCCAAUGAGCUCUACCCUUACGCAGGAGACGGCUACGCUAAAGCGUCCCUCGGAAGCUGCAUCGCUCAAUACGUCUCUUCCGCAAUCUCCAACCUCAAAUCCUUCACCUCAACCUACGGCGAAGACGGCAAAUCCGAGCUCAACUCCAUCUGCCACGCCCGCUCCCUAAUCAUCGACCUCGAUGACCGCAGCAAAGACGCGCGGGUGUCAUACAGCGGCGUGGUCGUCAAGGACGGCAAGCUCGCGCUCGUCUUCUCCGAGGGAAACCUGGGCACCAACGUCGACUACGCCAUCGACACGCAGGGCCUCCUCAACGCCCUGAACACCGCGCCCCCGGCGCCCGGAUCCGAUGCGGCGAUGAGCUUCGCCGCGCGCACGUCAGUGAGGCAGGAUUACGAUGACAAGAUUGAGGAGACGAGGAAGACGCUGGCGGACAUGCUGGAGAGGCCCGACGUUGUGCUGGUGCCCAACUUUGAGGCAAAUUUCGACAAGAUUCGGGAGGCGGGGAAGAAGAAGGGCAGCGAGGUGAGGAGUGAUUGGGAAGGGAACCUUGGUGCGUUUACGUGGAUGUACUUUGAGGGCUUGGUGUACCAGAUGAGGUAUCAGAAGUUUGGAGACGAUGACAUGUUGAGAGAGGGGUUCAACGAGGCUGUGGAAAAGGGGGAGAUUCACUUCCGGAUCGUGGAUAAAAUGGCAUAUGCGACGUAUGGAGAGGUUGUCCUGGAGGACGGGGCCAUCUAUGUUCAGACCCAAGCGCAUAACUUUGGAACAAAUGUCGAUUACGCUGCAGAGAAGAUCUUGGACCAGCUCUAA